UAGUAGCAAUAGCCAAAAGCAUGUUAUCUGUGGUUCGUUACCCUACCUUCCCAAGUUCCCAUUGAAUUGAAUUGGUGUUGUGGUGGUUUUUAGGUCAAUAAUCCUAAUAACUAUUUAAAUAUUGUAUUGAAAUGCACAGUUUUUUGUGUCUUAAUAUCUCGUUUAUAAUGUUUGGUUUAAUUUGUUGAUGUGGUGUGCAUAUUAUGGAUAUAUUGUGCGUUAAAAAUAUUUACAUUUUGUGGGAGUAAUGACACUGAAGAAAAUCGCGAAAAUGUCAACAAAAUCUCAUAUAUCUACAGAAUUGAGUGAUAGUAUAGGCAAUGUAUUGGGGAAAAAUGUUAAAAUUCUAUACAAAUCCCUCAUUCGUAUGGAAUCAAGAGGUGAUAAAGUAGACAACAAAGUUUUGGUUGUAACAGCUUAUAGAAUCUUUAUAACUACAGCUAAAGUUCCUACAAGGGUUGAUAAUGGAUUUCACUUGAUGGAAAUAGAAGCACUAGAAAGUAAAAAGGCAAAUCAUCUAUCAAUAACACUCAUUCAUGAACACAAGCCAGUUUCCAUUCUCAUAGGCGAAGAAGGUACUGCCGAAGGAGUCAUAAACGUAUUGCACGCAAUUGUUGCGGCAUUCGACGAUUUAUUUCCAAAUGUAGCUAUGGUUGACAUUAUACCUAAGGUCAAUUUACCAUACCCAGUACCGCAAGUAAGCGGCACUCGCAAACACUCGACGUGCGGGGAUUUCUCAAAUCAAUAUGCAGCUAUGUGUGACCUCUGCCAAACGCCCUUCAGAGCUGAAGUUGCGUGGGAUAUUGACACGAUAUAUCUAGCGCACGAUAUAAGGAUGUUACAUCUAAAAGAUUUUGAUCACUUAGACCAGAGGGACCUGAUCCCGCUGGUGAUGGCGCUGCAGCACAACACGUGGUUCAGCGGCGUGUGCGGCGACGGCGUGCGCGCCAGCGGCGAGGCGUGGGAGAGCGUGUGUCGCGUGCUGCGCGGCGCGCGCCCGCCGCCCGCGCGCCUGUCGUGGCGCGCCGCCGCGCUGCGCCACGACCACGCCGCGCGCCUGGGCCACGCGCUCUGCCGCGCGCGCCACCCGCCCGCCAUGCACACCGUCGACUUCUCGCAGAACCACAUCGAGGACAAAGGUGCUAUUAGUAUACUAAGUGGACUGGCGAACAAUCCGGAUGGGCUAAGACAUAUUGCGCUGUCGCAAUGUGGACUGACUGGCAAAACAGUGAUGCAUCUAGCUACUAUGCUUAAUGACAACCCUUGCCAUCUAUCAACAUUAUCACAUCUUGAUCUCUCAUACAACAACCUAAAGGAUGACGUACAUAAUUUAUACAACUUCCUCGCACAGCCCAACGUUUUAACUUAUUUAAAUUUAACUAAUACUGAGACAACGUUAGAAAACAUGUGGGGCGCGCUGCUGCGCGGGUGCGCGGCGCGGCUGUCGACGCUGUGCGUGUCGCGCAACCCCUGGUCGGCCGCGCGCCGCGCCCGCGACCCGCCGCCCUCCUUCCGGCAGUUCUUCACCGCCUGCCUCGCGCUCACCGACCUCGACUUCUCCUACUGCAAGAUGCCGCCCGAUGCGCUCAAGAGCUUACUGCUUGGGCUAGCGUGCAACGAGAGCGCAACAGGCGUACAAUUAAACCUCUCUGGAGUACUGUCUUCCUCUCAAGCUGCUCACGUGCUUGAAUCCUGCAUACACGGUGUCAGGUGUUUGCAGUCACUUGAUUUGUCAGAUAAUAGUAUGGAGUUCGAAUUAUCUGGAAUAGUGAGAGCCAUUGGCAAAAAUCAUUCCAUAACACAUUUGUCUCUAAGUAAACUGACCGGCAAGCGAUCGUACGCGCCACCGUUAAUACAAGCUCUAGUCCAUGUUCUUCAAGAACCCGAUACUGCAUUGACGUCAUUAGAUCUCAGCGAUUGUAAACUCAAGGGGGAUUUAUACGGGUUACUAAAUGCCUUGGGCGGUGCUCGACGGCUCCGCUCCUUAGACGUGGGAGGCAACCUGGCGGGCGACGCCGGCGCCAGACUACUGGCCAAGGCGCUGCAGUGUAACUGCACCUUACAGACUUUGUACAUUGAUCGGAACGCAUUCAGUUUGCAAGGCCUCACAGAUAUAGCGACGGCUCUGCGGCGCUCGGUGAGCGUGCGGCGCGUGGAGUUCCCCGGCUGUGACGCGGCGGCCGGCGGGCGCGGCGCUAGUGAGAGGGUGGCCACGCUGUGGAGGGACCUGCAUGAGCGACUGGCGGGCAAUUGCAGUCCGGCGCAGACGCACACCCUGCGCGCGAUGGCGCUGGAGCGCGCCUGGGCGGGAGGCGAGGCGGCGGCGGCGCUGGCGUCAUCAUAA